CAGCACAUUCAGAAUUGGAGAAAGUUCAUCAGGACAAGGUGUUAGCGACAGAGCCAGUAUCAGAGGGACUGCUAGUGGUGGUGGUAGUGGUGGUGGUGGAGGAGGUCAGAAUUUACCCAGAGAUCUUGAUAGGGAUCCGUCAGAAGUCAUCAAUGAGGCGGUAGAGGAGGAGGAGGAGGAAGAAUUGGAGAGUGAUGAAGACAUUGAAAAUGAAACCGACUUGGUGGUUUUGGAUCCUGACCAUCCCUUGAUGAAAAGAUUCCAAGCUGCCUUGAAUGCACAUUUAACCAAGCAAAAUGAGAAAAUUGCUCUGGAACUGAGAGAUUUGGAGGAAUCUCUGAGAAUGAAGAAAAAAGAGCGUGAAGAUGUGGGUGUUGAGCUGUAUGGCAUUCAGCAAGAGCUUGCAAGAUUUCAGAUGAUGCUAGAACAGAAACACGACCAGGUGGCACAACUGAAACAAACACGACAGAAACAAGAAAAUGAACUCAGUGGUGUCAGAGCUCUGUACAAGGAUUCACAAAUCAUUGUCAACAAGGAAAGAAAGAAAGGGUCAGAACUUCAGACGGAAGUAGAGAAUCUUGCUUUAAAACUUUUCUACAUGGAAAAUGCAAAGAAAGAUGUGAGGUCUGACAUUGCUGUCAUGAAGCAAGCUGCAGGAAAAGUAGAAUCAGAAGUGGCUCGUGCAGAAAUAGCAAAACAAAAACAGGAUCUGUAUGUUGAUCGUCUUGUAGAGAAAGUGGACAAGCUGAAGGAAGAAAUUGCCAUGUAUGUUGCACAGAUCACUGCUCAAUCAGAGGAGACAAAAGCAGCCAAAGAGAGUCUCAUGGAGGCAUAUAUGGAAAUUGAGGCUAUUGAUAUGGAGAAGAAGGAACUGUAUCACAAGUGGAACAGCUCACUAAUUGGGAUGAGGCGCAGAGAUGAAGCUCACUCAGCAAUGCAAAUAGCAUUAGAACAACAAGAGCAGCAUAUCCUGUCUCAAGUAAGAGAGAUUGAAGGAUACAAGAAAUCCAUUCUUCGGGAGCAGGAGCAAAAUGAGAAGCUCACACUCAUCCUCGGCAAAACUGAAAGAGAAAUCGAAUGGGCUAAAAAACACAUGGCCCAGGUUCAAGCAAAACAUGAAGCACUAAAGGUUGAGUACAACUUAUACAGCCGAAUGCUGUACGAGACUGAACAGGCUCUCAAUAGAGCUCUGGCGGACAAGAAUUUGAGAAUUGCUGAGGUGACUUCCUUGAGGAAACUGAUAGAACAAGAAUAUGCAGCCAGGGUAAAAUUAGAAGAUGAAAUCAUGGACCGCAUGCGAGCACAGCUAACCCUUGAGAAGGCUUCCCAGUACAGCAAGAAAUUGACCACAAAGACACGAGAGCGCACUAAACAUUUGGAACAAGAAAUUGCUGACAGUGAAAAUUUGAUUGCUACAUCCUCGCUGGAAACGGUUAACAUCAGAACUCGGAUUGAGCAAUUGAAAAAAAUUCUGGCAGGCCUGGACGCAAACAUUAGCGAGCAGAAUGCAAUCAUCACGAAAAGUGAAGUGGAGAUUGUCAAGAGGAACGCAGUUAUUGAACGUAAACAAAAUCAAGUGGAUGUUAUCAAUAAAAAGCUGACGUCUUUGAUUGCAGCAGCAGGUGGAGUUGAGCUAGGGCCGCUAGAGAUUCAAGUCAAUAAUCUGAACAAAGCUAUUGAGGCACGCAGUCAAGAAGUGUUGGAACUGCAACAAAUUUGGCUCAAGCAACAGACAAACCUGGUCAAGCUUUGUGAGGAGAGGGAGGAGGAGAACAAACAAUUAGUCGCCUGCAAGAGAGAGCUGACAAUUAUUUCACAAAAGAAGAUCAGGACUGAGAAUGAAAUUGAAGGUCAGCGUUCUGAAAUCACCACCAUUGAGCGCAACAUUCGCAAUAUGCGCAACGAUAUCAUCAAGUUAAACUCCAUCCUUCAUAAAGAAAAGAAUGUGGGGGAAGAGCUUGAACAAGGAAACAUACUCAUGGAAAAUGCUUUCAUUUCUGGCCUUAAGGAUGCUGAACUGGAAUCCAUUCAGCUACAAGCUCGGCUGGAAGAGAUUAAAGAAGAGAAGGAAAGACUACUGAAUAGUCUUGUGGAAGCUGAACGCCAGAUCAUGUUGUGGGAGAAAAAGACACAGCUAGCCCGUGAGACACGUGCCGCUGUUGACUAUGAAGUAGGUCAAGGUGAGAUGCGGGCCAUGAGGUCAGAAAUUCACCGCAUGCAAGUUCGAUACACUCAGCUGAUGAAGCAGCAGGAGAGAAUGAUUCAGGACAUGGAAAAGGCUGUAUCAAGGCGAGAUACAAUUGUGACCAGGGGUGAUGCACAGGCUAAACUGAAGAAGAAAACUGUUACAAAAGGGACUUUUGAGAGACAGAUGGGAGAGCUGAGGAAAAAAAUCAAGCAGACUAUAAAUGAAGCCAAUGCAUGUGACAAUGAAAUUCAAACUCUACGCGAUCACCAGCAAAGUCUGAGUGAAAAACUGGAGGAGAAGCAGAUCAAUUGUCAACAGCUUCAGAGCAUCUCAGACACUCUGGAUGGAGAUAUAGAAAGGAGUCUUGAAAUGAAGCAAAAGAAUCUCUCUGAGCUGUUGGCUCGUCAGCAGAAGAUGAAGUACUACCAGCAAGUGAAGGAGGGCAAGUACACCAUGCUGUGUAAAACACCAGCAGCUCUAGAGCUAGAAACUCAGAAGCAGGAGAACCGCCUGCAGGCGAUCACCGCCAUCGUGGAUAGACUGAACUCAGAGUUCCCUCAUGCCCAGCAGGCUCUGCGAAAAGCAACUAUGGCUUUAGCCUGGAGAGCUGGGGCACAUGAUGAUGUUUAA